CUUUCCCAAAGUACAUCCAGAUCUACCUCUGGUUCAGCAAAGCUGGUUUCGCAUUACCUGCACUAAAAUCCUGCGAUUUCACAGCUAUCUUUUUUUUUGUUGAGAAUUCGCAGCUAAUUGGAACACCAAAAAAGUCAAGCUUUCAUCUAGAUCCAGUCAUUGAUGUGCCAACCACCUGAAUCAAACAAUUCGACCAAUCUGCUACAGCCUACAGAGGAUAGAGAAGGGCAGGCAUAUAGAGGAAGAGGAUCCUCACAUCGCCACGUUGCUUGCGGCGCUCUACUGCCGCGUAGCAGCAGCGUCCCAAAAAAAAGGCAGCUCAGCUGCGCUGGAACCCAAGAAUCCCAAUCCGCCUCCGGAAUCCGGAUCUGCGCGGCCAACUGCCGAAACUCCCGGCCUCCCAUGCGCGGCGCUGCUGGGACCGGGAGCAAGGAGGGGCGUUGCGUCGGUGCGAUCGGAGGCGGAGAGGACAGGUAGGAAACAUGGAAGUGAGGCUGCUGCUUCUUGCUCUCAUCUGCCUGCAUGCUCCUCGUUGGGCUUUGGCUCAGCAGCCGGAGGAGGCGACAGUCAUAGUUAAAGGAUCAACUAGGAUUGCUGAAACGGAUGAGAAUUACGUGUGCGCUACAAUUGACUGGUGGCCACCGGAGAAGUGCAACUACAAUCAGUGUCCAUGGGGCCAGUCUUCAAUUCUGAAUUUGGAUUUGGAUCACCCAUUUCUGGCUCAAGCCAUUCAAGCAUUUGAUAAUCUGAGGAUUAGGCUGGGAGGAUCCUUGCAAGACCGAGUUGUUUAUGAUGUGGGAACAGAUAGUCCAUGCUCCCCGUUCAGAAAUAUGUCCAAUGACUUGUUUGGUUUCUCAGUUGGUUGCCUGGGUAUGGACAGGUGGGACAAGCUGAAUGAUCUAUUCCAGAAAACAGGAGCAAUUGUCACAUUUGGUGUGAAUGCACUCUACGGAAGGUAUAAUGUUCGACGUUCUAUCUGGGCAGGCAAAUGGAACUCCACAAAUGCAUAUGAUUUUCUAAAAUACACGAUCUCAAAGGGAUACCCAGUUGACUCAUGGGAAUUCGGCAAUGAGCUGAGUGGGCACGGGAUCGGGGCGCGAGUCGAUGCUAAACUUUACGGAAAGGAUGUAGUUGAAUUUAAAUCCAUCCUUCGGCAAUUGUAUAAGGCACCACUGUCCCAGCCACUCCUGUUAGCCCCUGGAGGAUUCUUUGAUCAACAGUGGUACUCUCAGCUGCUUCAGACUUCAGGUCAUGGUGUUGUUAGUGCCUUGACGCAUCAUGUAUAUAAUCUUGGUGGAGGGAAUGAUGUUCAUCUUAUAAGGAAGAUCUUAGAUCCAAAGUACUUAGAUCGUGCUGAAGAUACUUAUAGAGACAUGCAACUUACCAUCCAAAGGCAUGGAACAUGGGCUUCUGCUUGGGUCAGUGAAAGUGGAGGUGUAUUCAAUAAUGGUGGUCUACUGGUGUCGAAUACAUUCAUCAAUAGUAUCUGGUAUCUGGAUCAGCUUGGAAUGGCAUCUAAGUACAAUACGAAAGUAUUCUGCAGGCAGACUCUCAUCGGUGGCAACUAUGGUCUGCUUGACACACAAACUUUUUUGCCAAAUCCUGAUUACUACAGUGCUCUACUAUGGCAUCGGCUUAUGGGUAAUGGAGUUCUUUCAGUUGAUAUCAAUGCACCGCGUCGGUUACGUGCUUAUGCUCAUUGUAGGAAACAACAGCAAGGCGUCAUUCUUCUCUUGAUCAACCUAAGCAACUCUACUGGAUACAACGUCACUCUCCAGAAUGACAUAAACGUCAGCCUCGACAAAAGACCUGACCUCGAGAAGCGCGCUUCUUUUGCGCACAGGCUCAAAAGAGCAGUUUCAUGGCUGGGAAGGAAACCAUCAAGCGACAUCGUAAAGAGGGAGGAGUAUCAUCUGACCGCCAAGGAUGGCGACCUCCAGAGCAAGACAAUGCUGCUCAACGGUGUCCCGUUGGAACUGGGAGAUGAUGGCAGCGUUCCGGCUCUGGACCCGGCGCUUGUUGCUGUCGAUUCGCCGGUGCACCUAGCACCAACAUCAAUCGCCUUCGUAGUUCUACCCAAGUUUGAGGCUAAAGCUUGUUCUUGAGUGUACUCUUGAAGCAAACAUAUUUGCUGCAGUAUGCAUUAGAAUGUUCCAUCUUCUCAUUUUUUGAUACAAAUUGGAUCGUCCAUGGCAAGUUUGCCCUAUUUUAAUAUAAAGUAGUUCUGACAAACGAA